AUGUGCAGUGCGAGACCACAUUUAUGGAGUAAGUGGUUGCCUCUUGCUGAGUUUUGGUAUAAUACCACCUACCAUAGCUCGGCCCAGAUGACUCCUUAUGAGGCAGUCUUUGGUCAACCCCCACCUCAACAUUUGCCUUACAUACCUGGAGAAAGUAAAGUGGCGGUGGUGGCUAGGAAUUUGCAGGACCGUGAGCAAAUGUUACUUAUCUUGAAAUUUCAUUUGUUACGCGCCCAGCAUCGAAUGGAGCAGCAGAAAUUGGCACCGAAGUAUUAUGGCCCUUAUAAGAUCCUUGAUAGGUGUGGCAAGGUUGCUUACAAGUUGGAGUUGCCAAGUACGAGCCGGAUCCACCCUGUUUUUCACGUCUCUCAACUCAAGUUGCGUGUUGGUGAUGCCGUCACAACAACUCAACUCCCCAAUGUCAUCCCUGACUUGUUGACAAAAGAACCAGAGAGAGUCCUUGAACAUCGAACGGUUAAGCGCCUUAACAGAGCUGUGACUCAAGUGUUGGUGAAAUGA